GCUGCAAAGCAAGUAGACCUAAUGGAAGACAGUGAGGAGAGUGAAGAACUGAGUGAGGCAGAGGAGAAACAUCGUCAUGUCAAAACUAGUGAGAAAUCUUUGAGUUGCUCACAGACUAAAAGUAAUUUAUUGAAAGGAAGAGCCAAAAAGCCUUUCACCUGCCAUCAGUGUGGGAAGAGUUACACAGUAAAAGGAACCCUGGCAAUACACAUGAGAAUCCACACUGGAAAGAAUCUGCACACAUGUGAUCAAUGCGGAAAGAGUUUUCCGAUAAAAUCAUACCUUAAGGAUCACAUGAGAAUCCACACUGGAGAGAAGCCGUAUUCAUGUGAUCAGUGCGGGAAGAGUUUUACGAUGAAAGGAACCCUUAAGGAUCACAUGAGAGUUCACACUGGAGAGAAGCUGUACGCAUGCGAUCAGUGUGGGAAGAGUUUUGCAUACAGACACAGUCUUAAAAGUCAUAAGAGAGCUCAUAGUGGAGAGAAGCCGUACACAUGUGAUCAAUGUGGGAAUAGUUUCACAAGUAAAAGAUCUCUUAAUGAACACAUGACAAUCCACACUGGAGUGAAACCACACACAUGUGAUCAAUGUGGGACGAGUUUCAGACAAAAAGCAGCCCUUAGGGAACACAUGACAAUCCACACUGGAGUGAAGCCGUUCGCAUGUGAUCAGUGUGGAAAGAGUUUCAGAAAGUCAUGCACUCUUAAAAUACACCUGCGUCGUCAUUCUGGAGAAAGACCAUUUACCUGUGAUCAGUGCGGUAAAACUUUUUUUAGGUCAGAUGCGCUGAAGGACCACCUAAAAGUUCAUACAAAGGAGAAGCCUUACUUGUGUUCUUUGUGUGGAAGGAGUUUUAGUCAGUCGGGUACUUUAAAAUUACAUCAGAAAAGACACAACAGUGUGAAGGAACAUAUGUGUUUUGAGUGUGGGAAGACUUUUGUUAGAGAUGCUGAACUGAAACUGCACCAGAGCACUCACACUGGAGAAAAACCUUACAAGUGUUCUCACUGUGACAAGAGAUUCAGAUGGUCAGAUUAUCUGAAAAAACAUGAGAGGAUCCACACUGGAGAAAAACCUUUCAAGUGUUCACACUGUGACAAGAGAUUCAAAUGGUCAGAAUAUCUGAAAAAACAUGAGAGGAUCCACACUGGAGAGAAACCGUAUCACUGCAGUCAAUGUGGGAAGAGUUUUACUCUGUCAUCUUCUUUACUCAGUCAUACAAAAAACAAAUGUCUGAAAUCAUGAACUCGUAUCUGAAUUAUUCUUUGGAUCCAGCACAUUUAAUCGUGACCAUGUCCUCAUCAAACAUGACCCAAUAAACCAAGCAAUAAAGUCGAUCUCUUCUAUAUAAAUCUGCUCUAACCAGCAGCAAGCAGUGACAGAUCAACAAAACAUCAUCUGGGGGUUGUUUCAUAAAAGACGCUAAGAAAAGCGGGGAUUAAAGUCCAAAACCUGACUUGAAACAACCUAUCAAAUCAAUCGGGACUAAAGCGGUUUCAUAAAUGACCAUUUAGGUUCACACAAUCUCACUAAUUUGAUCCACGUUCAAUAAUUUGAUGUUCACGCUUAUUCUUAAGCAGCCCUUCAUUGAUCAAUCGAUCCACCAUGCCAAACAGCGAAUAUAUUUGUGCUGUUUAAUGCAUUUGAGACAUGUUUUCCACAGUGCAUAAUGGACAUGUCACAGUUAUAUUCUUCAUCUGUAAAUGUUAGAAAGUCAUGCAAAUAUAUCCAUUUUGUAUUUUGUACCCCAUG